AUGGACGACCGCGGCGACUGGGAAGCUGCGCUCGCCGACGGUGGCCACAUGGACUUUAUGGGCGACGCCAGCCUCUCGUCCGCGCUCCUACUGCGCCAGUCGCCACCGACCAAAGCGCCGUCGCUCGUGCCGUCGCCGCUUUCGCCGCUGCCGAGCCUCUCACUCGACGACCUCUUGCCGUCGGCGCCUGUCUCGCCCGGACUGGCGGCGAUCCUGCCCGGCGACGUCCACCUGUUUCCGAACCCGCUGGUCGCAACCUUGCCGCCGCCCGCCGUCGUCGUCGCGCCGCAGUGCAUUGACCUGCGCAUCGUCAAGGAGAACGGCGUUCUUGGCUUUGGGGUUGUACCCCGGCGCGGCAUGGGCGGCGUCCAAGUCUCAACGCUGCAGCCCGCGUCCAGCGCCGACCGCGCAGGUCUCCGCAUCGACGACUGCCUCCUUCGCAUCGGCGUCAACGACGUCGGCUCCAUGGCGCUCAACGACGUGGUCGAGCAGCUCAAAGCCGUGCGACCGGGCGAGGCCAUCAUGCUGCGCGUGUACCGCCCGACGGCGCCGCCCACCAAGAAGCCGCGGCUCAUGGCGCCCGAGAAUGCGCUCAAGAAGCAGGUCGACGCCGCCGCCAAGGAUUUGGCAAAUGCGAUUGCAGAAAAGACCAAGCUCGCCGACCGCAACACCGCAUUGCGGAAGCGCGUGCAGGAAAUCGUCAUCAAGGCCGACGAGACCCUCUUGCAGGUCACCAAGGAGAAGGACGCGACGAUCGCAAAGCUCACGCAGGACAAGGCCGACGUGGCGCAGGCACUCGCGACGCUCCAAGCGCAGAUGCGCAUCGAGGCCCGGACGCUAUUUGAUGCCAAGGGCAACGCGGAAAUCAAAGCCCAGCUCGACGCAGCAGUGCUGCGGAUUGCCGACCUUGAAGACGCCGAGCGGAAGCGGUCGGCCGCCAAGAAACACUACGUCUCGGUGCAAGCUGCGCUGGCCGGCAAGCUGCUGGCCCAGCUCGAGACAAGGGUGGUCGAGCACCUUCAGAUCGCUCUCGCCACCAUGGCAGCUGCCCGUGCUGCGACCAAGUCCAAUGCGUACAACGCCGCGACGCUGCCGCCGACGCUCACGAUCACGGUCGAGCUCUGUCGACCGACCACCGUGUUCCAGCUCCUGGACGUCACCACGGUCUAUGAUGCAUUUGGCUUCCCAGUGCUAACGCCGCUGCGACUCACAUGGCCUGCGGCCCGCGCGUACGCGGUGUUUGGCCAGCGCCUCGUGUAUGAAGAACGGACAGGCGUCAACCUCGUAGCGUCGGGACCUGUAGAGACCAAAUUUGACCCGACAACAGAGCUUCUCGAAAUGACGUGGAAGUGGUCCGAGCACAGCGUGCUGCGCGAGAUCGGGCGGUCGAUCCGGCUGGCAUAG